GAGCUGCGCAUGCUCUGUGGGAGAGGUGAAGCUGAGGCGCUUCCGAACAUGCUGGACUGGGCCCGCCUCCUGCUCUGCUGGCGGCGGCGGCCGGGAUUGGCGGCCAGCGCCGCUCGGGGAGAUCGGGCGGCUCCCGCGAAGCGUGUGUGUAUGUGUCAGGCUAGGUAGAGCCGUGCAAGGCAAGGGACCGGUGGAAAGAAUCAAGAAGCCCUUCUUAAAGGGAGCUUCCAGAGACAUGGAGAUGCAAUCUUACUACACGAAACUCUUGGGGGAGCUCAACGAGCAGCGGAAAAGGGACUUCUUUUGCGACUGCAGCAUCAUUGUCGAAGGGAGGAUUUUCAAAGCCCACAAGAACAUUCUCUUUGCUAACAGCGGCUACUUCAGAGCCUUGUUGAUCCACUACAUCCAGGACAGCGGGCGGCACAGCACCGCGUCCUUGGACAUUGUGACUUCGGAGGCCUUCUCCAUCAUCCUGGACUUCCUUUAUUCCGGGAAGCUGGAUCUUUGUGGGGAGAAUGUGAUUGAGGUCAUGUCUGCUGCCAGUUACUUACAGAUGACGGAUGUGGUCAACUUCUGCAAGACCUAUAUCCGGUCGUCACUGGAUAUCUGCCGGAAGAUUGAGAGGGAAGCCGCCUUCUAUCAGGCUGACAGUGGCAGUGCGAGUUCUGCUAGAGAGGGGCCGUCGUACGGUGCCAAGAGCCAGUGCUCUGCUUCCAUUUCAUCUCUGCAGGAGAAGGAAAGGGCCCCAGAUUGCCAACGAGACCCUCCUUGUGGGGAAUGUAGCAGCUGCCACCCCAUUGAGCUCGUGGUGAGGGACCCAGUCAGCAGCGACUCUCCAGACGACACCAACUCCUCGCUGCCCAAAGUGGUGGAACCCAAAGUCGAAUUUGAUGCCGAUGAAGUGGAAGUGGAAGUGGGUGAGCGGCUGCCACAGUACCCAACUCCCUUGACCAUUGAGCAGAUAGAGGAGGGACUCCACAGUGGCCAGGCGAUGGACCUGGCGUGCAAUAACUAUCACAUGAAGCAGUUCCUUGAGGCCUUGCUGCGGAACAGCACAGCCCAAAGGAAGGACGAUGUGGUCCACCAUUUUGUCCGUGGCUUUGAGAGUCGGCCAGAAGAUGCAGGGAUGCCCAUGAGUUCCGUGAUGGACAUUCACAAUGACUGGUACGGAGAGGAUGCAGGUGACGUCCUGGUGGUGCCGAUCAAGCUGCACAAAUGCCCGUUCUGCCCGUAUACCGCCAAGCAGAAAGGGAUCCUGAAGCGCCACAUCCGCUCACACACGGGCGAGAGACCCUAUCCCUGUGAGAUCUGUGGCAAACGCUUCACGAGGCAAGAGCACCUUCGGAGCCACGCUCUGAGCGUCCAUCGGUCAAACAAGCCAAUCAUCUGCAAGGGCUGCAGAAGAACGUUCACCAGCAGCCUCUCACAAGGCCUACGGCGUUUUGGCUUGUGCGACAGCUGCACUUGCGUCACGACGACGCACGAGGAUUCGAUGCCCAUUAACCUGAGUCUGAUGGAACCUUCGUCGGAAGGACAGGAGAAGAGCGAUCCAGACAACGACUGGCCCAUCUACGUGGAGUCUGGCGAUGAAAACGAUCCACCUGAUGACGACGACGCUGACCCGGAUCCCAGCGACAAGCAGGACCUCCACCGAGAAGCACUCAUGUAGCAGCAGCAGCAGGAGGGUGGGCAGAUCAUAAACACUCUUUCCCCCAUUAUUGAGUUGUCUUCUUACCGCCAGAAACUGCAUAUUUAUCCAGAUUCUUGUGAAAUCUUUUUAAAAUAUGAAUUCAAUUUUUCUAGAACAGGUAGGAACCGUGGGGCUCUGAUAACCUGAAAUGUCUUUUUAACUUGUUAGUGCUGUGCGCUACACACUUGAAAGAAAUUUUUUGAGCUUGAGCCGUUCCUCUUGCCAUUUCCUGCUGCCCUUUUGGGGUAGGGGGCAAGGCUACGUAACUCUUGCAGCAAAUAACCUUCCGUGGUGACUGAAUGCUGUUUCUCUUCCCACAUUCCUGCCUCUUCCUGUUGACCGUCUCCCUGGUCUUAGAGGGGAAUGCUGCCAGAUCUGUCCACCUUGGACUCUUCUAGAAUUGCCACUUCCUUCUUUUGUACUGGGACCAUCCUGAUUGCUAAUUCUAACCUUGGAAGUGUAGAAUGGACCUAACCAAAGCCAGUGAGGACAAAGCUCUGCUACAACAGAAGUUUAUCCAGUCAGAAAGAGCUGCAUACCUAUAAAUGAGGGGCAAAUGGCUCCAAUUUGUAAACAUUUCCCACAAAAUACUUUCCCCCGCUUCUCAAAAAAAGGGCAUUGUAACUUCUGGUUAGCCUUGAGCUUGUGUUGGGAGCCCAGUAAAGCAGCUGAUAAACUUGCCUGAGAAAUCCCUCAACUAUUCUGAGAGGUCAGUUUUACUAGACUCUGAUUGCACCCGGAGAGGACUUUCAGGACUGAGCCAUAUGUGCAAUAUUAGCUUUAUUGAAAAAAUUAUUACCAACUGUGCAUAGAUUCAAGGAAGGUUGUUGCUGUUCUAGCUGAAAAUGGUUUGGACACACAGUUCAUGCCUGUUAGCUGUUUCGGUAUUUGCUGAAGAUGUGCUUCUCCUCAUCUGGGCUGUUGCUUCUAAAAACAAGCCCCUCCCUUUAGCGAAUGUGCAAAAUUGGGCUUGUUUCUGAGCAUCGGAGGAACAGACUAUGCACGGAGAUCCUGCAUAGAUCCACGAUCCGUGCCCGUUAACCUCAGCGGGGGAAAAUCCUUCACAAUGAGGGGAGAUAUGAGCGAUCUGUUUAAAAUUCAAGAGAGGAUCUCAUGAGAGAUCGCAGAGCAUACAGGGAUAGCUCUAUGGAUGCUUGUAAGAAUCCCGAGAAUGUCCAUUCUCUGAUCCACUCUUAACACAAAUGAUUCAAGGCUUCUAGGAAUACUAAACAUCUGGUCAUUACAGCUAGUUGAACAUACUCAGCUGAUGCAAUUGGACUCAUCUCCUUCCCAAAUCUGGUAUUCACUGUAUUCAUGGAGUGAUUACAAAGACUGACUAAGCAAAGCACUAUGUUUCCAACAUGGCCUCUGUUCUGAGGAUCCUGUUGUCAUCCCUCAGUCUGCUCCCACCUUCCUCUUAGAUACGUUCCUGUUACGAGUAAAUUCCCACCUUUCUUAAUCUGCCUGGUGGUUUCUACAUUUGUUCUGUCUCAUGAGUUUGUCUUGAGUACUGUUCCUUGAUAGAAUUCCAGACUAGAUUCUGCCUUCUCCCUGUUGGAUUAGGUAAAUUGAAAAUCAGCAUCUUGGAGGAUGUGUGGUUACUCAGUUCACUUCAAAACAUCCUGACGAGUAACGUACCAACAUAGCUCAAGGAAGCAUUUUUUUCUGGCUGGAGAACUUGACCCCUGGCUUUGGUCGUAGUGAGUGUGUUUGGUAUUACAGGUAAAUGUGAAUACCUGGAUGGAGGAGGAAGAUGACGAAAAUGGCCAUCAGCUGUGCAAGGGCAAGAAAUCUGCCUUAACUAGCAUGGUGUUCCUGUUAAACUCUGGACAGCUCUGAAGCGGAAGACGUUGCUGGCCAUGUUCUCAGUAACUUGUGAAGUGUGAUGGGUUGGAUUAUCUUCUACACCAUUCAUCUUUCCCCAUCUGCUUCUUGCUUAAAUGAAGCUGUAUGCUCUGUUGUGAUUUCAUGAAACACUAGUGUAGAAGGGAUUGUGAUGGCAUAAACAUGGCAUUUUAAUGUUGCAAGAUUAUGUAGAUUGAAAACACAGCAAGGGAAGAAGCAAUAAUCAUUUUCGUUGGACCAUAAUUAUGUGAUGACAAAGUGAAGGUUAUAAUUGGAGCUCCCCCUUUUUCCUUAAAAGAAUCCAGACCCACACUUGUGCAUAUUUCAAAAAGGGGAAACUUGUUGAGAUAACCUUUUUUGAGCUAUGGGAGUCCUCAGAUCCUUCAUAAAUUGGUGUUGAGUGCCGCUGUCCGUGGUAGCUUUGGUCAUUAGUGUGUUUGGGAUUAUACUUAAACAAUAUUUCGUGGGAAAUCUGGACAAAGUAGCAGCAUUGAAAUUGGCCAGUAGCGCUUAUGUUGUCUGAAAGUUAGCAGUGGCUUCCUAAAGGGCAGAGUAUGCUUGGUUUACAAAGCAGUUUUGGCUUGUUCUAGACUCCUAGAUGAAAAUCCGUCCAUUCUGUGACUACGGGGAAAGAAAGUUGUCCAUUGAAAACCGGGUGGGGCACAACCAGUGACCCUAACCAAUCAACUUAUUCUCAUUCGGUUGGCCUCUCAUUUUGAGAAGAGUACCGAAGAGACCACUUCUAAGAUUAACGUUCACUGGGGAUGUGACACUGACUUUUCUGUUAAGAAUAAUUUUUUUGGUGGCAUCACUUGAUCUCACACAGCAUAUAGUGGUAUGCUGAGGUGCUUUAACAGGCACUAGACGAGGAUAUUCAAGGCUCUUUUUGGUUUAAGAGUUGUGCCAGCGUGCUUUCACUUCAGCUGGCUUCAUUUGGUCUUAGGGGUUUUCUGGUGUAUCUCGUGAGUAGAGAAUGAAUCUCUUAUGUUCUUAUGUAAUGUGGGUGUGAGAGAGAUUCUCAUCUUGUUCCUGUUCUGAGACAGCCAAAACUUUGGUGAUACUCUCUCACUUGGCCCUUUUCAAGUGGAUCCUGUCUGUCAUCUUGUGCUUAAUUGAAAAGGAUGCACUUUAUUUGCUUGUCUGUGGCAGAUGUUCUUGUAAUGCUGUGAUUCUCAUUCGGUUCCAUGGCGUGUCCCUGGAACUGUCCAUUAUAAAUGUCAAGUUUUGGGAAAGUGAUGCUGCAGUUCUGAGAAUACUCAUGUGGUGCUUAAAAAAGAAAUGGAAACAGAUUUGUUUCUUUCCUCCCAACAUUUGUAAAGGACCUACCUAAGUUUGGGAUAAUUCGCUUUUGGUGGGGAGAGUUUCUCAAUAUAAUUUCACUGUGUGUGUCACUUAAAUAUGCAGUUGAGAAACGAAUAGCACACCGAACAAUUUUGGUGGGACUCUUGCUCACUUAGUAACUUUAUUCUUCAGUCCUAAACAAGCUUAGUUUGGAAUUAAAUCCUCUUUUUUCUUCAGUAGACCUUGCUUCCAUUAUGUCAGGGUUAUGGCAUCAGUCUUUCAGAAAUGCAUGUUUUGUUUGCAGUGAAUGACAGCUUUAACCUAAAACGUUCUGGCUAUAAUGUAGCAAAUGGAAUAUUAUGGUUGGUCCCAUCUAAGAAUGCUGGAAAUCACUGCUCUUAGGAAAAUCCAUUCUUUAAUACAGAAAGAUUUAUUUUGCAACUGUAAACAAAACCGAAGAAAAAACAAACCACAGUGAGGAAAGGAUUUGAAAAGGUGCUGUUUAAUUUUUAAGUUGAUAACUAAACGGAGUGUUCUGGGCUGCAUCUGAAUGAAUCUUCCAAUCCGCUCUUAUAACUGCAUCCUAUUCAGGGGCUAAGCUAGUGAAAUAAAUGGAACAAACACAAAAAUGCACAAUGGGCUGGUUCAGACAUCAUGUGGAACCUCAGUUAAAGCCAGGCCUACACAUCUCUAACCCUCAGGAAGGUCUGAUCCCCCCCACUUCCGCCCCACCCCAUCAUGAGUGUUCUUCUCUGGGUUCACAUGAGGUUGGUCAUGACGUCUGAACCCACCGAUCUCUGUUCUAGCCUGCCUACUUCAAAUAAGCCAAUACCUGUAACUAACUUCAAACUUUGGGUAUAGAUUUUGGCUUAUUUCAGGCUAUUCUGGCCUGAAGUAGGCAAGCUAGAAUAGCCUGGGAAUAAUAUGGGAGGAGAGCUGGUCUUGUUACAUGAAUUGUCCUCUUUGCUAAGCAGAGUCUACCCUGUUUUGUAUUUGAAUCAGAGAAUACAUGUAUGAGCAUUGUAAGAUAUUCCCCAUAGGGGAUGGGGCCAGUUUGGGAAGAGCACCUUCAUGCCUGCACGCAAAAGGUCCCAGGUUCCCUCCCUAGCAUUUUCCAAAUAGGGCUGGGAGAGACUCCUGCCUGUAGCCUUGGCGAAGCCACUGCCAAUCUGUGUAGACAAUGCUGAGUUAGGUGCACCAAAGGACUGACCCGUAUAAGGUAGAUUCCUAUGUUCCAAAGGGCCAUGGAAUGCAUUGAAUAUCAUUUGGCCAUUUGGAAAUUCCAUGCAUUCCUGUGGCCCUUUGGAAAGAACCAGAGCUUUUCAGUGGGAAUUCCCUGUCAUUCAUUUUAAUAUUUUCCCUAGAGCAUCUGCUUUGCAUGCAGAAGGUUCCAAGUUCCCUCCCUGGCAGCAUCUCCAAGAUAGGGCUGAGAGAAACUUCUGCCUGCAUCCUUGGAGAAGCUGCUGCCAGUCUGUGCAAACAAUACCGAGCUAGAUGGACCAAUGUUCUGACUCUGUAUAUGGCAGCUUCUUAAAUUCCUAACCAGCUGCAUAUCUGAAUUUCUGUGGCGAGGCUGGCAGCUGCUCUCACAUCUAGCACUUUGCUUUAAGCAGAUGAUGACAUAUUUGCUCUAAAGGACAAAUAUUACUUAUACAUCAUCCUCGGCCCAUGGGGCUUUUUCAGAGGUUUGUAAGCAAAACCAGGCAGGUUUGUGUUCUGAGCAAGUGAAGAAACUAAAACGGACAACAAGGUGGCGGAAGAGAGACAAGAGCAGCAAGAGAUGAAAGGGAGACCAGGCAGCUGGAUGAGGUUAAGACGUCAUUACAGUUGAGAAUUCAAUGCUGCAUGGAAAGAGGCUUGAAAACUUAGGAAGAAAAAUGCCUCAUUCAAAGCCUGCGGGUCAAAAGCCUGCACUGUCAUGUGUUCACGAAUGCUUUACAGGGAGCAGAUUUUAAGAAGUUUACUAGACCUCCUGAUCAAUGGAGAGAGAAAGUGCACAAUAAAGUCCAUUCCAGAUGGUCCUUAGGAACAUAGGAAGCUGUCAUAUACUUGGUCCAUCUAUAUCAGUAUUGUCUACCCAGACUGGCAGCGGAUUCUCCCAGGUUGCAGGCAGGAGUCUCUCUCAGCCCUAUCUUGGAGAUGCUUCCAGGGAGGAAACUUGGAACCUUCUGCUCUUCCCAGAGCGGCUCCAUCCCCUGAGCGGAAUCUCUUCCAGUGUUCACACUUCUAGUCUCCCAUUCAUAUGCAGCCAGGGUGGACCCUGCUUAGCUAAAGGGACAAGUCAGGCUUGCUACCACAAGACCAGUUCUCCUUGUGCAUGCAGUUGCUCCAAAGUGUGUGAUUUGAGCAUAAGGCUUCCCCAUUCACUGCAGCACUGGGGACAGCUCUGUUUAAGCCUUGCUGUUGCGUGCACAGAGGAGUUGUCACAGUGUUACCAUGAGUGGGGAUGCUGUGCAUUGGCACCUCUGUGGAUGAGAAUAUCCCACAAAGAACUAUGAAGUCAGGGUGCAAGAAACUGACAGCUCUUAAAGAUGUGCAGGAGAAAUGACUUGUCGUCCUUUUGCCUUCCGAACAAUUCAAUAUUUAGAUCUGAAACAUAGCUCUCUUGUGCCUCUCAAAAGCAGUGGUUUGGACUGUGCUAGGAGAGAGCCUAUGGGAGUGAAAAGGAUGAAAAACGUGUUGCUAGGUGACCAUGCGACCAGAUCUCUGAAGACUUAAAAACAGACAUUUUCUGUGGGUCACAAAAGGGGAAAGUACAACUAAAGUGCCAUCAUCUGUUGAUCUCGUUUAGUCGUCGUCCUCGUUCGGGACCAUUUAAAGUUUAUGUUGGGGCAGAAGAAUCUGAAAUAAACCAAAGCUGAAAUUUUGCAAAGCACCACCACGGCAGCAAUUUUGUUGUGUAUGUGUUUUUUUUCCAAGGGGUGGGGUGCGGGGAACAAAUAUGAAGUGCUUUUUGUAAUUUUGUUUCUACAGUGGUGCAUUAUCAUGUCUUGUAUGUUUUAACUGUAUAUGUAUGAUACAUGUUUAUAUAGUUGUAGUCCAGUGUUUUUAUAGAUGAAAGUAUGGGGUGGGGGGUGGAAACCAAACAAAUAAAUAUCAAAAUAAGUAAAACCA